AAUAAAGAUUUAAUGACCACAAAAACAGUGAGCGUCCGAAUUCAUGUAAUGUCAAGAUUAAAAAACUACUCUAAUUAAUAAUAAAGACAAGACAAGAGUAAUACUGUCAGCAGUCAGUGUCAUUGUUACUGAAAUGGAUAUUUUGUAAAUUAAAAAAAAAAUGAGUGGCAGAGGAAGAGGACGUGGUAGGGGAGCCUCUAUUAAUUUGGAGGCUCUUGGCUUGGGUCGAGGUGAAAUUUUGCCUACAGUUGCUCAACCUCCUCCCUUGUAUCCACCAUUGUUGUUCAAACCAGUACCUUUGGUUACUACUGAUGACUAUAACUACAUCCUUAACCUUAAACAAGAGCUAAGAGAAUCAUUUCACAAGUCUCCAUAUUUCAUCAAAGAACCAAACAAAGUGAAAGACAUAGUGCGCUAUUCUGACAAGUAUCAAUUAGGCCUGAAUGAUUCUUCUACUAAUUGGAUGCCAGAUUGGACAAGAUUUCCUAGUGAACUGAAAGAGAAAGUCAAGCGGAAGAGAGCAGUACAUUUUGUAAAACCUAACAUUAAAAAAGCUAAAGUAGCUCAAGUUGAGGAUGUUUCUAAAUUAUUGGAGAAAUUAGAAGAUACAGAUGCAAAGUCAGUAAACAUGGAAGAGGUUGAAGGACAUGAUGGGGAUGAAGAAGAUAAGAAGAAAGAAAAAGAAGAGGGAGAAGAAGAGGAGGAGGAAGAAGUAGAUGAUGAAGAUGUUGAAGAGGAAACAGAUUAUAACCUGGACUAUUUUGACAAUGGUGAAGAAUAUGGUGAUGAUGAUGAAGAUGAUGAUGAGGGGCCAACAUAUUGAUGUUAGAAAAGUGUAUCAAUGUUGUUAUUCAGAUGCUUUUGAUUAAACAGUAAUUGUGUACAUAUAAAUGUUUCAUGAUUAAUAAAAAAAAAUGUAUAAAAGAA